UGACAAAUUCUUACACUUUUUUAUUUCCGAUUUCCAGAAUCCACUUAAAAUAAUUAAAGUCAGUUUAAUUGAAACAAAAUUGUCUAAUUCACGGACGUAAACGUAUUCAAAGUGCGUAUAUGGAGUGUAUUUUAGCUCCCGAAAAGUGGGUGGAUUCCUGAUAUAUUUGUGUCAUGCCCGAAAUAUUCACAAAUUGUGUUGAUGAUGAAAAAUGAAGGGUGUCGAUAGCUCUCCAGCUGAUAUCGAAGGAAUGACAAACAAACCUAUAUUAACAUGCGCGGGAGAUUGGAACUUGUUUUGCACACUAGAGGCUCCGCUAGUUGCCGCUAUACCGCAAGAUUCCUGUGAGUGGCGGAGGUCCUAUGGUCGACCUUCCAAGUCCGUAUAUUUAGAAGCUUCAUUCAUAAAGUUUAAUAAGGAUAAAAUACAAUCGGAACUGAACUUACUGAAGCGCCCUAUUUUCCAUAUAUACUGGACAGAUUGUGUGGAUGUAGAAUAUUAUAAAACCACUCUAAAAGAAGAUAUUGAAUUAUGGCUAAAACAAUUGGAAAAAACUGGCAUAACAGAUUGGAUGAUUGUUCUAGUAGAAACUUAUGACAUACGUAAAACAAAUAAGCUAUUACCUAGAACUACAGUACUGGACAAAAUAAAAGGAGACUUUGCUAUCAAACCAACAGAAGAUCGAUUUUUGUCUGUAAUAAACCCCAUCAAGUCUGAGGCUAGAAGUGCAGAGUCAUGGAGGGCUCUUGUGGCAAAAAUCAGGCAUUUUAUUCUAGUGGCUUAUAACAAGGCUCUGAUAAAGUUUGAAGAGCACAUGAGAGAGCAGAGGGAGAAACGCAAUGAUCCAGAGUGGGAUUUUUGUAAAUACUUUGUUCUACAGGAACAAUUAGCAUUUGUGUUAGAAAUGUUAGGUUUGUAUGAGGAAGCCCUGGUCCAAUAUGAUGAGUUGGAUGCACUAUUUUCUCAAUUUGUACUCAAUUCCAAUAUAACAGUGGGUCCAAAGUGGCUUGAUACCUUCAAACAACCUGUCACAACAUGGCAGGCUGUGAAAUUGACUGCUUUAGUGCCACAACAUUUGAGGGACCUCAUAACGAAGAAGAAAGCCUCACUAUUAGAUUUCAGAAGCUACCUCUUUCAACGUCAAAGUGCCAUGUUAUUACUAAUGUUUAAACCUGUUGAGAUCGCAUCCCGUUGUAUAACAGUCGUCCACAAUACAUUAAUGGAGCUAUCUCUGCUGGGCGCGAGCGCAGUAGACGGUGCGGCCGCGUGUUGGGCGCUACUGGCGUGUGCGGAGACGCUGCGGGCCGUGGACCGUCUCGCUGCUACAAACAACGUCCUUGACAUGUGUACACCUGUACAAGCGCCUUUAUUGCACAACGCCAAAGAUAAGUUACAUGAACUUGGUAAGUUAUGCGGCCUGCUACCUGGAUCUCCGGAUCCCAGUUCAGAACAACUGCACUUGGUGGUGAUGCUGUCGGCCGGCAUGGGUGACAGCGAACCAAACAAUCAGCACCCCACGCCGACGGACAGACUGAAAGAAGCAUUAUGUAGUAAGACCAGUUUUCAGCAGUACUACUUGGAAUUGGCUGAGAUGGCCAUGGGCACAUAUAAACACAUAGGAAGAUUAAGAUUCGCCCGCCUAAUCGGUCGUGACUUAGCCUCUUUCUAUUCGGAGUUAGGGGAGACCGGGAAAGCUGUAGUGUUCCUGAUGGACGCCCUGCGAUCUUAUGAGGAGCAGGGCUGGCGGGAUCUCGCCGCGCAGACCAGGCUUGAGCUGGUCGCUGCCGCUCAUAAGAUGAACGACGUUGAUAGAUAUACAAAGCUCUCUGCAACAAUAGCAUGUACAGCUGAAUUAGAGAUUCUAGUCAGAAAUUUCUACUUUGAGGAAAUGUUGAAAUCAAUAAAGGAGAAGUUAUCAGAUAAACAGGACACGGUACUAGCCGAGCUCAAUGACUGUUUCAAAUUAGUAUCCGCAACCCUAAUACCGUCCGAACGUGAUGUUUAUAUCACAGAUAAUAAGGUUCAAUGUCGUUUGGUUAUCGAGUGUAAUUUACCCAAAGAGGUUACAUGCACGCGAACAGCAAUUAGUGUAGAACCUUGUAAAGAGGAUAGAAAUGAAAGUGGAAAGAAGACACCGGUCAAAUCUUGUAAGACUGAUUUAACUGUUAACGGUAGUGUAAGUUCACAAACGAAUUCACCGAGGAAAUCCACUUCAGACGUCGUCGAGAGUGAAUUAACUAAUAUAAUUAAUAGUAUAAGACUGGAUGAUUUAAAACCUAAAAACCCUUUAUUAAAUCCACUUCAAAUUACCUCUCAAUUACACUACAAGGAAGACAAAACAUUACAAAAAGCAACCAUCGAGUGUCAAAAUCCUAAAGCGACCCUCAGAAGAUCAGAUAGCACCAAAUAUAGAAAACCAUCGACAACAACAAGAAGCAAUUAUCAGAACUCAUUCCGUCGGGAGAAAUUCAUUUUGAAGCCUGGAUUGAAUGAGAUUGACUUAGAAUUUGUAUCACAAACAUGUGGUACAUACAUGUUGGGACAAGUUUCAGUGGUUGUUGAGGAGAAAUUGGAGUUUCUGUCGAAUGCGCUGAUUAGCACUAAAAUGGGUUUUGAAGUGGUAACUCAGGGUAUCAAUGUUUAUUUGAAUAAAGUGGACCCAAAGAAGGACCUCGUGGCGGGCCUGGAGCAUGAAAUGGAGUUGAUUGUGACGAGUGGAAGCUCUUAUAUAGAAGAGAAUAGUACAAUAGUUCUAAAAACAUCUGCCGGACUACAAAUAGGUCUAAUUGAAGAAGAAUCUCCCAUGACACGCGAGCUAUCCGUACCAAUAAAUGCGUGCAAGCCGUUUGAAACUAUUCGUGUUCCAUUGAAACUCUUCGCUAGCUUGCAAGCGAGAUCUGAGAAGAGUAUAGAACAUACGGUGUGGGUGCGGUGCCCGUGGCGGGAGGGCGCGGGCGCGGAGGAGGUGCGGCUGCAGUGGGCGCGGCCGCUGCGCGCGGCGUGGCGGCUGCUGACGGCGCACGCGCGCAAGUUCGUGCACGUGGCGCUGCAGCCCGCGGCGCCGCCCGCGCGCGCGCCGCCCCUCGCGCUGGCGCGGCCCGCGCUGCACUGCCCGGACGCCGCGCUCGCAGACCUCAACCCGCCCGUCUCGCACACGGUGGUAUCCUCAGAUGGAACAACGGCAUCAUUUAUGUGGGAACUAUUGAAAGAUCCCCUAGUUAAAGCAGAACCACUGAAAGCGACGUUCACAGUGGAAUAUCGACCACUCGAUGCAGAUGAACCUUAUAGAACGUACUCGUGUCCAUUCGAUAUACAAGAUUAUAUGACGCUGUUCGUGAUCCGAACGAAAGUAGAGCCCAGUAAAGGCUCAGACUUCUGUAGAGCAUCUCAGGUUUGCUGUUUGCAUCUGAGUGUACAAAGGGUAAACGAAACGGAGUACACAUCCCUUAUGUAUGAAGUACUAGCGGACCAGACGAUGUGGGCGGUACUUGGACGCACUGCAGGUGUGAUAACAAUGGAAUCGAGUAGUGGGUCCCCUGCUAGCGUGUGCCUGGACGUGAUGCCAUUGACCGGCGGAUAUCUACCACUGCCUACGGUACGACUCUCUAAGUACAUCGCCGCCAACACCAAAGAUCCGAAGAAAGACAUCUCGGCCCACCAUCGUUUGGAGCCCUUCAGUCCUGGACAGGUAUACCAUGCAGGGAAAGCGAAGCAAGUCCACGUACUGCCUCCAGCACCGAAGGAACACGUCGACCCUUCACUAUAAUUAGUCAUAAGGUUUUAUCUAAAAAUGCAUAACACAUGCAAAUUGGUAGCAGUGAAUUUAGAAGCUUAUUACUUUGAAGAGAAAGCUUUAAUUGCAAUAUGUUUUGUUAACGGUGUGAAGAGAAUAUUUUUCUUGAUUUAUUGACUUAUUACAACCAAGUAAUAACUAUACCAGUUAGAACAAUAUAAAAAGCCAAAAUUGUAACAUAUGUGUAUUUGAUUUUCUACUAAGUUUACUCAAGUUUUACUCAGUUAUUUGUGCAGUGUAUAAAAAUAUAUAUAAACCACACGAAUCAAAUAACUCAGCUCAAUAUUCCAGUCCAAGAUAUUAUAAGUAGAAAUUGAGUGUGCUAGCGUUAGUUAAACAUAGAUGUUACUAUAAUAACACUGUAGUGCAAUGUAUAGACUUUUGUUUUCAAUCAUAAAACGAAUAUGAAAGUAAUCGUAGUAGGAAGUAGGUGUAUUUUACUUUGCCAUUUAUUCAGCUCUCCAUUACGUUAAAAUAAUUGUUCAGUAUAUAGAUAGUAAAGAGAUAUAUUAUCAAUUCUAUCUUCAUAUUAAUAGGGAAUAAUAUCGACUGACACGAAAUAACCGCUGUGCUAAUUUUGCUUUAAUUCAUAAUCACCUGAAUGACGUAAUCGGAUACAGAAUUUAAGUAUGGAAUUUUAAUUUUACAUCCUAUUAAAUAAAAUUUAGGUUUCUUGAUUCGUGUUUCCUAGAUCUGACUAUUCUAAAAGGAAAUAAAAUAUUUAUUCAUGAUCUUUGCAUCUCCAAAAAAAAAGACGACUGUCUCUUACUUGUGUAGUAACUUUACCGUUAAUGUAAUAAAUACUCUCUGAAAUGGAAAUUACUAUAUUCUAUCAAUAAUUUAUAUUAAAUAACAGGGAGUUAGUACAUAAUUGAUAAAUAACGAAAAUCUAAUUUUCAAUAUGUCUGUUAUUGAUGAUGUAAAGAUGUUGGACCAUCGUAUUGUGAUAAAAAUAUGCUUCUAUAAGGUUGUAUGUAUACUAUGUAAAAAUCGUAAGUUUGGAGAGUAGCUUAAAUGUGACUCCUUUAUAUGGAAUUUAUUAAAGGCAAUGCUUUAUGUGAAAAAAUAUAACAGUGAUUAAUAAUAAGCUGCAUAGACUAAGCUACCUAAGUAUAUAAUCGGUGUCGUUUUUUUUUUGGCGUCAUAAAUAUUAUCUGUUAAAAAUAUAACCAAUCUGAAGGAUAAUAUGAAGUUUACAUAAAUUAAGUACAGACACCAUUAUAAUAUUAAUACAC